AUGGCCUCCAAGGUGUAUGCGAACUCGAUCGAGUCGGUCUACAGAGACUUGGUCGAGCUAGACUUUACAACGGGUAGAAAGAGGGUUCAGAGGUCACAGAGGGUACAAGAGGAACCUGAGGUGCUUGUUGCUGAUACAAUGGAUGUACCAGAGGGGAAUGGAAACCCUUUGGGCAAUGGACUCGGUCGAGCUAGGCAAACUCGACCGAUUGGUCAAGGAGAUGCUCCAAACCGCCACCAACAGAGACAAGGGAUUGUUCCACCACCAGUGCAGAACCACAACUUUGAGAUCAAGCUGGGAAUGAUCAACCUUGUUCAGAACAAGAUGUUCCAUGGAUUGCCAAGUGAAGACCCCAUUGACCACCUUGAUGAGUUUGAUAGGCUUUGUGAUUUGACAAAGAUCAAUGGUGUCUCUGAAGAUGCCAUCAAGCUGAGACUCUUUCCUAUGUCUCUAGCUGACAAAGCUCACCAAUGGGAGAAGAGCUUGCCCCAUGGCACAAUCACCACUUGGGAUGAAUGCAAGAAGGCCUUUCUUGCUAAGUUUUUCUCCACCGGUCGCACAGCCAAGCUUAAGGAGUGA